GCGGAGAUGAGCUGGAUUAAUGCAGCGGUGGGAAAGAACGGGACACUAACGGGAAACGGAAACAACUCAGGAUUUAACGGCGACCGAAUGCUGCGACGGUGAGCUGUAGCUCUCAAAAACCAUCGAUUUAUAUAUAAAAAAAACAAUAAUAUCGCUUCGAGCUAAAAAGGCAUACAUGAUCUAGCCGUGCUGUUUUUGGACGGAAAGAUGAUUUCUCCGUGGGACCGAUGGUACACGACCAGCUGCUGCCUGUGCUGUCAUGUCCGAACAGGCACCAUUAUCCUGGGCAUCUGGUAUAUGCUCAUCAAUGCAGUGGUUUUGUUAAUCCUGUUGUCGGCUCUCAAUGACCCAGUUCAGUACCACUACCACCUCACCAGCUCCGAACUCGGCACAGAUUUGGAUGUCAUGGAUGAUGCAAACAUGUGUAUCGCCGCUGCAAUCUCAUUGCUGAUGAUUUUGAUUUGUGGAAUGGCGACCUACGGUGCAUAUAAGCAACAUGCUGCAUGGAUCAUUCCUUUCUUCUGCUACCAGAUCUUUGACUUUGCUCUCAACACACUGGUAGCAAUAAGUGUUGUCGUUUACCCCAACACCAUACAGGACUACCUUCAGCAGUUGCCUGGGACCUUUCCAUACAAAGAGGACUUGAUGUCCACAAACAACAUGUGCCUAGUAUUAGCAGUGCUUCUCUUUGUUGGAUGCAUCUUAGCCUUUAAGGCUUACCUUAUUGCCUGUGUGUGGAACUGCUACAGAUACGUCAGUGGAAGAACCACUACAGAGGUCCUGGUUUAUGUCACCACAAAUGACACUACAGUACUACUUCCACCCUACGAGGAGGCCAUCGCUAUUCCACCGAAGGAUCCCCCUCCUCAGUACGUUUCAGCUUAAGAAUCGCACCGCUCUCUUACUACGCUCCUCCCAAACCUUCUCCAAAGAAACAAUCUCCGUCACAAUAGCCCAUUCCGUUGCCCUGGUCUGCUGUUUGUCGCUGUGUGACGUAAGUCUCCUCUCUUCUCUCCUCUCUGGAGGCAGCAGUAUGACUUUGAGACGCCCUUCCCUCGACGAGGCUGCCCAGCUGUCCUGGAAACCCAACGCUGUGUGUCAGCUCCAAUCUGAUUUGCACUUUUGGCGAUUAUGUGUGGCACUGGCCUUUUUAAUACUGUGAACUACUCAGUAGUGUUGUUGUCUACUGAUAUACCUGAGAUUUGAAUGCGGCGUGCAUGAUAAACACGGGAGUUACGUAAGAGCACUUUUAAAAUGGGAAUUACCUAGAAAUAUACUGAAUGUAAGAAACCGGCAUUUUCACUUUAAUUUCGUUGUACUGUACGAAAUAAAAUGACAAAUUUUUAUUCAGAAUAUAACUAAAUUAGUUGUAAAAAUGUGAAUUAAUGCGAGCAAUUCUACAGCAUUUUAUCUAACAAAGUGAAAUCUUUUAAGUCUUCCUUUAUACACCGUGUCCCAAAACUUGAUGCAAUCAUUGAUUAAUAUUCUCUUUCAAUCAAUAAAAUGCUAAUCGUUAGUUUUAGAUGGUGUAGAUGUCACAAAGACUGAACGAUCCUGCUGCUUGUGAACAGAUAUAAAGCUGUAUACACUUAAUAUUUGUGAAACUCUGGUUUAGAUUUGAAACAUUUUAAAGAUUCAUGUAUCAUGGGGGAUCUGACUUCAAAUUAAAGGACUUGUCACUUGUUUACUUAAAAAAAAAAAAAAAAGCUAAAAAUGGAAAUCCUGUCAUUAACUACCCCGCUUAAAGCCCAGAAAGGUAGUAAGGACAUCGUUAAAACAGUCUAUGUGACAUUACGGUUCAACCGUAAUUUUACGAAGCUACGAGAAUACUUUUUGUGCGCAAAGAAAGCAAAAAUAUGCAUUGUUGCGUCGUGGUACUCCCAUGAAUGCGCGUCGAAGUCUGACGCGGAAGAGAAGAGAUUGUUGAAUAAAGUCGUUAUUUUUCUUUUCGUUGCACACAAAAAGUAUUCUCGUAGCUACGUAAAAUUAAGGUUGAACCACUGAUGUCACAUGGACUAUUUUAACUUUCUGGGCCUUGAACGCAGUAGUUGUGUUGCUGUCUGCAGGGUCCAAAAGCUCUCAGAUUUCAUUAAAAAUAUCUUAAUUUGUGUUUCGAAGAUGAACGAAGGUCUUACGGGUUUGGAACGACAUUGUCAAUUAAUGACAGAAUUUUCAUUUGAACAGCUUUACAGCUCUAAUACACAGAUUUUAAGAGAAAUAUUAAAGUAAGUGCUUUCAUAAAAUUAAAAGCUUCACACUUCACUUCUAUUGUAGGUGCCUAACCUACCUUAAUUUUUGCUUCUUUUUUUAAAGAAAACAAGGGACCUGGGCUGUGUUUCCCAAAAGCAUCGUAAGCCUAAGUUGAUCAUAGCUCCAUUGGUGGCAAUGGGUCUACAAUGUACUUAGGCUUAAGAUGCUUUUGGGAAACGCAGCCCAGACCAUUUUUGUGGUCAUUGACAAUAUGCCACAAAUGCUGUCGACUGAUCUUGACUUGCAUUGAACCAGACAGUGCUCAGUGAAUAAAUGAGAAUUAUGGGUGUUAGGAAAUCAUUUUAGUCAUUUGGUGAAGUUACGCGCUCCUGUUUGGAGAAGUAGUGUAACUUUUCUGUCAUUAUCACUAGGUUACAAUCUGUGGCUGCAGACUGCAAUGUUUUUGCACAUGUGAAUAUUAUUCAUUCAUGUUAUUGUCUGUGAUGAAUGGUGUGUUAAUCAGUAAUUGUGACAAAUGAAGUAAACGAUGUGACCCCGACAGUAGAUUAUAGCAGAGUUCAGAUGACAUGGCGUCUCCCCCAGUCACCUUCUAGCUCAAAGUAGCUUAUGUUAUUGGGAACAUUUUAAAUUUUUAUAUACAGUGGCUAUGCAAGGGUAUUUUGUAACAUGUAACCAUAGCUGAAAAUGACUAUACACUUACAUUUACUCAUCAUGGUAACAUUUAGAUAUAGAAGCAUUAAUGAAAAUAUUAGAGAUUGAUAGAUGUAGGAGUUUUCUUUCAUUGUUCUGUGUGUAGACUUUCAUCUUCAAUUGAGCAUCUCCGAAUUAGCUUCAUAUAAGCAAUGUUUUAUCAUGAAACACUAUUUAAAAGGAUUCUGUGUAUUUGGAAUAUUACUUUUGGUAUUGUGACCUGUAAUUUUUAUUAUAAUAUUCUCACAAUAUUUCUCAUAAAAAUGAAGUAAUUUUCAAUGGAUAUCACAAAAUGAAUUCUCAGAACAAUGUCUGUCAGUAGGUAGAAUGCCUGUGAAUGUUUGUCUUCGUCUUGUUACACAUCCUGUAUUGGGUUGACACUGGCUUAUGUCUUAUUUCUAAACAAUAAAAAUAUUC